AUGGCGGCGACCCAAGAAAAUGGGGCUGCGAAGCCGACAUCGACCCCCAGCACUGGGAGUUCCAAGUUGCAUGGGCGGGAUUUCUAUGAGAGCAUUGGGAAGCCCAAGUUUAUUGUAGCACCCAUGGUAGAUCAAUCUGAGUUUGCCUGGCGAAUGCUCACGCGAUCCUUCAUCCCCGCCUCGGAGCAGUCGAGCCUGCUUGCGUACACGCCCAUGUUCCACGCGCGACUCUUCGCCCAGGACGAGAAGUACCGAGCCGCACACUUCCAGGCCGUAAGGCCGGCGUCCGAGUCCAAGGAGCCCUGGCUCGACGGGAACCCGUCCAUCGACCGGCCGCUCUUCGUGCAGUUCUGCGCCAACGAUCCGGAAUACCUCCUCGAGGCCGCGAAGAAGGUGGCGCCGUACUGCGACGCCGUGGACCUGAACCUCGGGUGCCCGCAGGGCAUCGCGCGCAAGGGCCGCUACGGCGCCUUCCUGCAGGAGGACCAGGAGCUCAUCUUCCGGCUGAUCAACACGCUGCACAGGGAGCUGCCGAUCCCCGUGACGGCCAAGAUCCGCAUCCUCGAGACGGAGGAGAAGACCCUCGCCUACGCCAGGAACGUCCUCGCGGCAGGGGCGUCCAUCCUGACGGUGCACGGGCGCCGGAGGGAGCAGAAGGGCCACCUGACGGGCACGGCCGACUGGAAGAUGCUGCGGUUCCUGAGGGACAACCUGCCCCCCGAGACGGUCAUGUUCGCCAACGGGAACAUCCUGCAAGGGGGCGACGUCGAGAAGUGCCUGGAGGCGACGGGCGCGGACGGCGUCAUGAGCGCCGAGGGCAACCUGAGCGACCCCUCCAUCUUCGGCAUCCCUCCUCCCACCGGUGAGGAGGGCAGGGAGUACUGGAGGGGUAAAGACGGCAAGGGCGGCUGGAGAGUGGACGCGGUCACGAGACGCUACCUGGACCUGCUGCACAAGUACGCCCUCGAGGAGCCGUCGGCUCCCCCCCAGAGACGGCCCCUCUUCGUGCCCGGGGACGACACCGCGUGGCUGACCGAGGCGGCCAACAAGGAAACCGACGACGAAGACGGACCCCCCCGGAAGAAGCGCAAGCCGACCAAGCGCCUCGAGACGUCGCCCAACCUCUCCGCCGUCCAGCCGCACCUCUUCCACCUGCUCCGCCACUUCGUCUCCCGGCACACCGACGUGCGCGACAUCCUCGCCCGGAGCCCCCGCGAGGGCAUGGAGGGCUACGAGCGCGUCCUCGCCGCCGUGGAGCGGAAGGUCGCCGAGGGCCUGAUCGAGUACGAGCGCACGGGCGGGAAGAGCUACGAGGACGAGGUGCGCGAGCUCUACGAGAGGGAGGACGGGCCGGAGGGCGAGAGCUCGGUGCCCACGCUGAAGCGGUGCAAGAGGCCCUGGUGGGUGGUCCAGCCCAUCAUCCGGCCGCUGCCCUCCGAGGCCAUGGCCAAGGGGGCCAUCAGGCCCAGCAAGAAGGAUCUCAAGGCCGGGGAGAACGGGCAGCAGCAGCAGCAGAACCAGAAGGAGGCGAAGGAGAGCAGCCAGGCGAAUGGCGACGGCGCAGAGGGCGAGACCACACCGCACCCGGCAGUAGCUGAGGUCCAGCUCACUGAGCAGGCGAAAGAGAUUGCCUCGCGUGAUGAGCUGGUCUCGGGCUAA